CGUUGUUGUUGUGGUCGCUUCGCCGAAGUCUGCGGCUCAAAGAGCCGGCUCCGUCGCUUCCCGCCGCCAUGAAGUGGAUGUUUAAGGAGGACCACUCGCUGGAACACAGAUGCGUGGAAUCCGCGAAGAUCAGAGCGAAAUACCCCGACCGGGUUCCGGUGAUCGUUGAGAAAGUCUCUGGCUCUCAGAUUGUUGACAUUGACAAGAGGAAGUACUUGGUCCCAUCUGACAUCACUGUGGCUCAGUUCAUGUGGAUCAUCAGGAAAAGGAUCCAGCUUCCUUCUGAGAAGGCCAUCUUCUUGUUUGUGGACAAGACAGUCCCACAGUCCAGCCUAACUAUGGGACAGCUUUACGAGAAGGAAAAAGAUGAAGAUGGAUUCUUGUAUGUGGCCUACAGCGGAGAGAACACUUUUGGCUUCUGAGCCCUUGCUGGGCUAGGUGCACCCUUCCUGCUUGUGUAUCCUGUAAAUAACUGGCUGUUCUCAGUUACUCCGCCGGAGCCUCCACACAGACCUACUAGUGCAUUUGUAACUGGAUUUAUUUCUUAAUAUAUUGGAAGGUUUUGUUUUCCUUAGAUUAGUAAAUUAUCAUACAGAGUUUUAUUUUCAGUUUUCUUUUGUGCACUGUCCUCAUGGCUAUAUGCUCCAAGGAACCUGUCCUCCGGAAUCACAUUUAAUGAAGAUACUUCCGAAAUGAAGGGCGGUAGGUGUGGUAUUAAAGUGACAAGGAGGGAUGACGCAUUGUUCUGGAUUAUGUUCGGAGUGUUAGACGGCUAAGUAUUAAAAGCCCCCAAAUUAAAUCCUUAGCAAUCAGAACACUUGCUUCACUAGAUUUUGCCAACUGCAAAUCAUGUUGGACUGAGCUAAUCUGUUCUUUCUGAGACUAUAAGGUAAAUGAUUAACAAUAAAGCCUCCAUGUAAAGGCAUUACAGUGUGACCAUGGUCCUCAUUCACCUUCACGAGUCAGAAAUGGCUCCUGCAACAGCUUAGCCUAGGAUGGGAAGUUGUGGCUGGUAUCAUAAAAAGGGUUGGUUUUUUUCAGUGGUUAAUGUAGUCAUAGGUUCAGAUUUGGGACUGUAUCAAAAGGUUUAUACUGCAAAGUCUCGCUUCUACCACUUUUUCUGAUCUCUGCUGCUUAUGGGAAAUUGUAUGGGCUUAUUUUCAGUAUUUUAGUAGCAAAAGUUUAAGUACGAAUAUAUAUAUAUUUUAGAAGUUAUUUUGCCUGCAUGUGUGUCUGUGGGCGUGACUGAUCUGCAUUUGUGAGCUGCCGUGUGGGUACUGGGAAUUGAACCCAGGUCCCCUGGAAAAGCAGCCAGUGCUCUUACAUGCAGAACUCUCUCUCUAGCACCAUAUAUGCAUAUUUGUUUACAUAUGUAAAUAAAAUGUGUAUAUGUUAUUAAAACAUAUAGAGGGCUGAAGAGAUGGCUCAGCAGCUAAGGGCAAUGAGGUCCUGGGUUUAAUUCCCAGCAGCCACAUGGUGGCUCUUCAUGAUGUCAUCUGAUGCCCUUACCUGCCUGCAGGUCUAUUUGCAGAUAGAGCACUCAUAUACAUAAAUCUUUCUUUAAAAAAAUAAAACGUAUGUUUAUACACUGGA